GUUUUUAAUCGAGAUUACUCAACAAGACAGAAGAGGAGAGUUCAGUCAGAGUGCGGUUAUAGACUGCAGUUUCUGUUUCCUUUUACACUAAGCUGUCACUUUGUGAUGCGCACACGUUUGGAUAUUACGGUAAAGAAAUCAUUCUUGAAGAAAAUCUGAAUUUAGGACAUUUAAUCUGGAAACAAACAUGUCAACAGCUGGUCAGGUUAUUAAAUGCAAGGCAGCUGUUGCAUGGGAGCCUGGGAAGCCCCUGACCAUUGAGGAUGUGGAGGUCGCUCCACCGAAGGCACGAGAAGUCAGAAUAAAGGUUGUUGCCACAGGUGUGUGCCGCACAGACUGGGAACACCUGUAUGAGAGGGAGAAGGGGAUGAGGUUCAGACCUUUCCCGCUGGUGCUCGGCCACGAAGCAGCAGGGGUCGUGGAGAGCAUCGGGCCAGGAGUGACCGCCUUCUCUCCGGGGGAUCAAGUUAUUCCUCUUUUCUUGCCACAGUGUCAGGAAUGUGAUCGAUGUCAGAGUCUUAAAACAAACCACUGCAGGAAGAACUGGGCAAACACUCAAGCCGGUGUGAUGGCAGACGGUACGAGCAGGAUAAGUUGCCAGGAUCAACAGGUGUUUCAGUUUCUAGGAGUCAGUUCGUUCUCUCAGUACACUGUAGUCCCUGAUAGCUCGCUCACUAAGAUAAGAAGUGAUGCACCGCUGGAUAAGGUGUGUCUGCUCGGCUGUGGCGUCUCCACGGGUUACGGUGCUGCUCUUAAAACCGGAAAGGUGGAGAAAGAUUCCACGUGUGCCGUGUUCGGGCUCGGCGCUGUUGGACUGGCCGCCGUCAUGGGCUGCAAGGCUGCGGGGGCGAGAAGAAUCAUCGGGAUUGACAUCAACCCUGCCAAGUUUGAGAAAGCCGUGACGCUCGGAGCGACAGACUGCGUCAACCCCACAGAUCAUAAGAAACCCAUCCAGGAGGUGGUGCUGGAGAUGACCCAGGGAGGGGUGGACUUCGCUCUGGAGUGUCAUGGAAGUCCGUCUGUCAUGACCGCAGCUCUUGAGUCUACAGCAGAUGCGUGGGGUCUGUGUGUCAUCGCUGGCUGGAAUGAGACGGAAACGAUGAGCGUCAAGGUGGAAAAGAUCCUGAUGGGACGCACCUUGAAGGGGACUUAUUUUGGAGGUUGGAAGAGUGUGCAGGAUGUACCUAACCUGGUGGAUGAGUACAUGGCCAACAAGCUGCAGCUGGACGAGUUUAUCACACACAAACUCCCACUCAAUCAAAUCAAUAAGGCCUUUGACCUGUUGAGCAGCGGGAACAGCAUCCGCACUGUGAUCAGCCUGUGGUGAAGGAAGAGUCUCCCCUUAAAGUGGAAAUACCUUAAAGUAUCACGUACGAGUACAUUCAAUGUGUUUGUAAUUAAAUUAUGUGUAAAACUCUGUAGGGUUUUUAGUCUGGACAUUUUUCAAAGAGCACCUGGCUGCAGGCUCAGCAGACCUUGGACCUCUGUUUUAAACAUGUGCAAGAAGAGUCUCAUCUGUAAUCAGGAAAUCAAGUGUUUACCAGAUCUUAUUUGGUAUUUCUUGGCAGCUAAAAUUAGAGCAGCUGUUUUCUAUCUUAAGACUAUCUCCCCAUCUUGGGUGUAAUGGAAUCUACAAACAAUUGUAAUCCCUAAAAAUGAUGUGCUAUGCAGAGAGGAAAAAAGUGAAUCCAACAAACAAAAAAUGAGGAACACAUUAAUGGUACGGUACAGCUCUUGCACAUCUGGGGAGGGAAAACCAGCUGUCUCAUUUUACAACACUUUUUGGUACAGAUGACGUCCUCUCUAUCCAGCCGAGAGGACGUGACUUUAGAACAUCUUGAGACCUGUUUGUAAACAAGUGCAAAGAACACAGUGUCCAAAAGAUUACCCUACAAACGGCUUAGCAGAAAGCACAUUACUCCAGCUAGUUUGCAUUACUUCAACACGAAUAUCCCUGACACAUGCAUUAAAUGUGGCGUCCACAAGGAGUCUCUGUUUCACAGUAUGUGGGAGUUGGAUCUGUGCAGUCAAAAAGAGGUGCCUCUUAAAUAAAUAAUAUUAUACUAAAUAAAUCUAGUUAUUCAGUAGUAUUUUAGUAUCUAGCCUACUCAAUGUUUGUUUCCUGGAGGCUAAACGAUGCAUGGCCUGCUCAUGGAAGAAGUGGACAUCCUGUGGAGUCUCUCAGUUGUUUUUGGCUUUUGAAAAGAUAAGUUAUAUCUCCAAAAGAAAACUUAAAAAGUUUUGGGAUGAAUGGACAAAUCUUUGUACAACCUUCUGGAGGAUAAUGAUGAACAGAUGUGUCAGUUGGACUGUUGUGUUUUUCUUUACCUGUGUCUCUGACUGUAACGCUUUAACCUUUUUGUGUAUUCUUAUAAAAGACAAUAAUAUUAUUGAUGAAUAGGGCUCAUCAGUGUGGUCCCAGAAAUACAAAUCCCACUGAUUUUCUCCAUAGUGGAUUUGAUUAUUAGCCAUAAAGUCAAAACCUUCCCAGGUAGACCGACCACGAGCUACUCAAGUGUGAAACGAUGGUUUAUGUUCCUGUAGGAGACAAGUUACUAUGAUAGCAUCCUCGUUUUCAUAAAAACAUCAUUUAUUCACGAUGUUAGGGGAAAGAACUACACUACCCACCACCACAGUGUCACAACGACGUCUCUGAUUGGUAGCGCUCGCUGUUACCAUGGUAAUGUUUCACAGACAGAUAGUUCUGCUAGCAGGCUAGUUAGUUAAUUAGCCAUCACGAAAUGUACUAAUAACCUCGUCAUGCUGCAGUGAAUAAAAUAUAUCUCUUUAUACACAAACUUCAUAUUACACCACCUGUUUAACAAUUUAAAACACUAUAAUAAAGAGAAAGGUUACAUUUAAGAAGAAGCGGUUUCAUUCGCAGUGGAUUGUGGGAUACGUAGUUUAUUGACUCAAAACAAACAUGUACACACUUGUACCUUUGUCUUUUGUCUUUAAAUGUUUUAUAGUCAUUAGUGUUGUGGAAGCUGGUUGUCUUUAUCAAUCUGUUGAUAAAAGGAUUUUGGAGGAUUUGAACAGGCAGCAGUGUUCGCUCACUGUGAACAAUUCUCUGAAAUUACAUAUUGUUGUACUUUUUCAAUUUCCAUAAUAAAUGAAAAAUAACUUCCCUGCUCCGUG